UAUAAGUCUGGACAGCAUUUCGAUAUAGGGUUCGAUUAUAAGGCUGGGUGCAGCAUCGACCUUUGGAUGGAUAAACAUUAUCUGGCAUUUCAAUCCGCGGAACGUGACACGACUGUACUAUACGCCGUACUAGGACAAACGAUACACACACCAGGAAACGUAGCACGAAGCAAGGACACCACCAUGCCGCAAGAAGCUUCGAAUGCUACCAAGACAAGAGGUCACCGCAGCACCGUGGAACGUAAAGACAAGUGCCGGAACGCCGCCGCACUACCGGGACGACGUCGUAACACGAAGUUACCGCUAUAUGCGCCAGAUGUUGCCGCAAUAUGGGAUUGCCACAAUAUCGACGGGACGCUGCCGCAAAAAGAAGUUGCUACUUGA